CAAUGAAGGAAACAAAUUAAAAAAAAGCUGUGCGGGAAUGCAAGGGUAGCACUACCACCACGCUGGCGCGUCUACCUCGAUGCUUGGCAUGAGCUUAUUGACCGGCCGCGUAUCGCCAAUCACAGCACAGAACUUACCUACUGGCCGGAGAAUUCUAAAACUUGGCCGCACAUCUGCUGAUAUGCACGCCUCACCGGUUUUCCAUACAAGUUCUUUACUCUGGGCACCUGGCCAAAAGGUUCACGAGAGCGCCUUCGAAAAAGUCACGGCCUAUUUCCACGAGACUGAACGCUCGUCAUUCUGCCCAUUUGGACAAGAGAGAAAGGUACAGGUGGGAAUGGAACAAUGGAAGAAAUGGUGCCUAUUCUUGCGCCACAUCCGCCACCGACAUCCGAUCACGGAAGACAUACUCCACCUUCUCUCUCUUGGCAGUCUUUAUCCUGGUAGCCAUGAGGGGCGUUGGUACGGGUGCGAUCCACGCUUCAUCAACAAUUUUCGAAACACAAGAUGCGUCCAAUGCAUGCAGGACGAGGAGGAGACGCUCCAACCUUUUUGUCGAGUGCGCAGUUGCAGAACGCGUUUGGCAAGCAGCUUACCGGGAACGCCACCCAUCUUGCGUCGAUUUGGUCUGCCCAGCUGCAACGAAGGCCAUGAGAGACAUCAGCAUCCAGAGAGCGGCCUUUGUGCACUGUGUCUUCCAGCGGUCUCGUCGUUACAGCGAGGUUCAGCUGGAGGCAAUCAUGGAUCGUGACAUUGGUCGUACCGUCCGGCGAGUUCAAUCAUGCGCCAAGCGCGCAUAAAACAAUGGGUGUUUUAGCGGGUAUGCCUGCAGGAAAGGAGCAGCUUGCUGGUUCCAGCCCUGGAGGAGAACCCGCACUGUUCGUCUAAUCACAGACAUUUGUGAAGGCAUUCAUUUCAUUUCUAGCAUUACAUUUUAGACUCAUAG